CAUUGAAGACUGUGUGAACCAGUAGGAUAAUAACAUCAUAGUUAUUAACUGUUCAAAUGUUGAGAAAAGAUAGGUGUGUUAACCAUUAACAACAACAAUACACACAUGCACUCCUGACUGGAAGAAGACAGGAGGUGUGGCCAUUUAACAGAAGAAGAUCCUCUACUUCCUUUUUAGGUGCUACGGUUAAAGUUGGUGUUGGAUGUUUCCAGCAGAGUGACAACAUGACGACUGCAGUACCAGAAUCUACUUUCAGGAUUUUGCUGUUGGGGAAAAGUGAAAACCCAAAGACAACACUCAGCAACUUCAUCCUUGGUAACCAAGACUAUGAUCUCAGGAAACACCCCCCCAUCAACCACUGUGUGGCCAUCUGUGGAGAGUGGAAAGGGAAUCCUCUGACAGUAGUGAAAACACCUGAUAUCUUCAGUCUGACUGAGGACAAAGUGAGACAAGAGUUCAGAACCUGUGUCCCUCUUUGUGCUCCUGGACCAAACGUUCUCCUGCUCGUGGUGGAGUCUUCUGAUUUAACAAACAACAGACGAACACUAAAGUCCAUCCUGAGGUGUUUUGGUCAGGAUGCCUUCAAACACUCAAUUGUCAUCACCACACAUGAAGGGAUGGAAGCCAAUUUCUCUGUUAGACAGCUCCUUAAAGACUGUGGAGGAAAACAUUACAACCUGUUAAAGAAUGACCACUCGCUGUUGAUGGAGCAGAUUGAGAAGAUUGUGCAUGAAAACCAAGGAACCUUCCUCACCUUCACUGAAGAGAUAAAACCGUCUUUAAACCUGGUUCUGUGUGGGAGGACAGGAGCAGGGAAGACUUCAGCAGCCAAGGCCAUUGUAGGUCAGAGAGACCUUCAUUCAGCCUCCAACUCCUCACAGUGUGUUCAACAUCAGGGAGAGGUGAGUGGACGUCAGGUUUCUCUGGUGGAGCUGCCUGCCUUGUGUGGGAAGCCUCAGGAGGAAGUGAUGGAGCAAUCCCUCAGGUGUAUCUCCCUGUGUGACCCUGAGGGGGUCCAUGCCUUCCUCCUGGUCCUACCUGUGGGUCCCCUCAUGGAUGUAGACAAGAAAGAGUUAGAGACCAUCAAGAAGACAUUUGGAUCUCCAGUCAAUGACUUCACCAUGAUUCUGUUCACUGUGGACUCAGAUCCUGCAGUUCAAGAUGCUGUGAAUUAUGUAAGAAGGAACAGAGACCUCCAGGUUCUCUGUCAGAGCUGGGGUGGAAGAUCUACUGUUCUCAACAUCAAGCAGGAGGACCAGCAGGAGAUUGUCAAGAUGUUGGAUACUGUGGUCGGACCAAACUGCUAUACAACAGAAAUAUUUGCCCAUGCCCAAAUAGUAAAGAUCAUAGAGCAAGAUAAAUGUAUCAACAUGCAACAAGCUGAACUUCAGAUGCUGAAAAAGAGCAAUAUUACAUGUGAUGAAGAGAAGCAGAGCCCAGAGUGCCUCAGGAUUGUGCUGCUAGGAAAGACUGGCAGCGGAAAGAGCUCCUCAGGAAACACCAUUCUGGGCAGGAAGGAGUUCAGAGCUGAACCGAGCCAGAUGUCAGUCACCAAACAGUGUCAGAAAGCAGAGAGUGAAGUGGACGGUCGUCCUGUGGUCGUGGUCGACACUCCUGGUGUGUUGGACACAACUUUGACCCAUGAGGAGGUGAAUGAGGAGAUGGUGAAAUGCAUCAGUCUCCUGGCUCCUGGACCACAUGUCUUCCUGGUGGUGUUACACAUUGGUAGAUUGACAAAAGAAGAAAAGGAGACAUUAAAACUCAUCAAGGAAGGCUUUGGGGAAAAUGCUGAAAAGUUCACCAUCAUUCUUUUCACUGGAGGAGAUUCACUGGAGCACGAGGAGCAGACUAUUGAUGAGUACAUUAAAGAAUGUGAUGCAUCCUUUAAACAACUAAUCAAUGACUGUGGAGGAAGAUACCAUGUGUUUAAUAACCAUGAUAAACAAAACAAAAUCCAGGUCAGUUCGUUGAUAACCAAGAUUGACACCAUGGUGAAGACAAAUGGAGGCCGCUGCUACACGAAUGAGAUGCUGCAAGAGGCCGAGACCGCGAUCAAGAAAGAAGUGGAGAGGAUCCUUAAGGACAAGGAGGAAGAGAUGCAGAGGAAGAUGGAGGACUUUAAAAGAAAACAGGAAGAAGAAAUGGAGGUCUUGAAAGGAAGAUUGGAAAAACAGAAAGCGGAAACUGAACAAGAGAGAGCAUUGAAAGACAAACAACUUAAGGAUUACAUCAUACCCCAACCUCUUGUACCCGCUUCCUCGGUCCCCCACCCUUGCCCUCUUGUCCCCAGUACUCCAACCUCUUGUACCCGAUUCCUCGGUCCCCCACCCUUGCCCUCUUGUCCCCAGUACCCCAACCUCUUGUACCCGCUUCCUCGUACCCCAACCUCUUGUACCCGCUUCCUCGGUCCCCCACCCUUGCCCUCUUGUACCCGCUUCCUCGGUCCCCCACCCUUGCCCUCUUGUCCCCAGUACCCCAACCUCUUGUACCCGCUUCCUCGUACCCCAACCUCUUGUACCCGCUUCCUCGGUCCCCCACCCUUGCCCUCUUGUCCCCAGUACCCCAACCUCUUGUACCCACUUCCUCGUACCCCACCCUUGCCCUCUUGUCCCCGGUACCCCAACCUCUUGUACCCGCUUCCUCGGUACACCAACUUCACCCUCUUGUCCCUGCUACCCCAACCUCUCCGUCUUGACCUCGGUGCACCACCCUUGCACUCUUGUCCCCGGUAA